CGACGAACUCGAAGAACAAGUCGAAUGAUUUCUGCCGAGUUGUGAUUUUUUUCCACAAAAGUAAGGGAUAAUGCAGUAAAUAUUGGCUUCUUUGAUUUUCAGAAUCGAAGACUAACCCAAGUUAAGUUUUGAACGCAUUUAGCAUCUUAUUUUGGACUUGGUUCAACGUUUCCGCCGGAAAGACGCUUCGACCACGGUAACAAUGGAGGCAGAAGAUGCUGCAGCACCACCCAGUGAUUAUCAGCUGGUUAUUAUUCAAACCAUGGCGACAGAAACUGUUAACCAGAUAAGGUUACUAGUUGAGGAAAAUGUUGGACGAAAGCUAGAGGAUUUUACUUUGUAUAACAAUGAGGAAGAGCUUGCUAAAGACAAAACACUACAAGAACAAAAUCUUGGUGAUGGUGAAGUAUGUCUAACUAUACACUUAAAAGAUGCUACCAAGACAAUACAAAUAGUAUCUAGUGCUCCAGUAAAAGCAGUAGAUGAAAAAGCAGAUGCAAACAAAGCCGCUAAAGAAGAAAACAUUUCCUUACCUACAAUAACAAGUGCAACCACAUCUACAGACGAACUUGAUGUUCAGAAAAACUUACCAUCUGAAUCUGAGGUUGUGCCAAAGAAGAGAAGAAGAACGUCAAACACCAAAGCAACAAGUCCUACAAAGUCACCUUUGUCACCUUUAACUCAACAAGUUCCUGUCAUCAGCUGUGCACCUGUAAUUCCAGGUACCACUGAAAAUGCAGGUGAUUCUACAAAUCAACAAACAUCUGUCAUUAAAAAUGGUGUAGAAACUGCUGUAGAAAACCCUGAAGAGGAAGAUAGCAAAGCCAGGAAUGCUGAUGGAAAAACACCAGGAAACCGAUCUGGCAAUAAUGGGCAAAUACAACUAUGGCAGUUCCUGUUAGAACUCCUGACAGAUAAAGGAUGUCGCCACUUGAUCAUGUGGGUUGGCGAAGAAGGAGAAUUCAAGCUAAAUGACCCUGAACAAGUUGCACAGUUAUGGGGCAGGAGGAAAAAYAAACCAGCUAUGAACUAUGAGAAACUCAGUCGUGCUCUAAGGUAUUACUAUGAUGGAGACAUGAUUCACAAGGUCCAUGGSAAGAGAUUUGUGUAUAAGUUUGUUUGCAACCUGAAGAACCUUCUUGGAUACAGUGCAGGAGAAUURAACAAACUGGUCAUGGAAGCUGCCGAAUCAACAGUUGAACARUGUCCUACUUUAACAGUAGUCACAUUGCAGACUUGAUAAUUUAAGCCGCAUAAGGUUUAGUUUUGUGUUAACAUACACUGGAUUCUCAAGUGAAUGUAGACAUUCUUGCAUUUUAUCAGAGAGCUGAUGCAUUCACUUAUAUAUUGUUAGUGAUACAUUCUCUUGUAACCCUAAAAUAUGUAUUUAUAGUGUGAUAUUUAAAGCAAAAGCCCAAUAUUUUAACAUUAUUGCAAGCUUUUACUUGAUGUUGUUGCAUGGUACAAGGCUACUGCACCCAAACAAUGUGUUUGAAGAGCCAAUGUUUGGUCGCUAACAAUGUUUGUAAUAUCAAACACUUGUUUUUUGACCAAGGCACCUAACAUGUAAGCAUAUGAAAAAUAUACAUGACUGUAUGUGUAUGUGUUGUACACUCUUAAUAAUCACUAAAGGUUCUAUUCCUGUAGCAAUUAAUAGGUGUUUUUUAUCAGCAGAAUAAAUUUAAUUAGAAAUUGCUUUUACUAUAAUAUUUUAACUUUUUUCCUGGAAUAUAAUAAUAAUGUAAAUAAAGAUAGUGUUCAUUAUGA